UCGUGAAUAUGGUAUCUGAUAUAAUGAUUCCAGCGCUGCCGCAAGGCGUAAUUAGUAGGUUGAGUAUGGUAAGCAGAGAGGAUAUGUCGUUGUCCGUGGUAUCUGCGGUUGCAAUUGCAUGCGUAUCCGCAGCCCUCCGCCUAGAUGGGCUCACGCGCAUCUUCUCCAGCAAAGACUUUGUUCACAACUACUCGACUUGCUCGAUCGCAGUCGAUUCCGUGAUUGUGUGGGAUCUGGAAGCUCGGCUUGCUGUCUGCAACGCUCAACCUCCCUCAACUGGAAGUGCUGGCAGAGAGGAAAAAUCGAACAUUCGCCGUUCCUGUCGUUUGAUCCUCUUCCUCGCACAAUAA